AGCGCCGCCUGUGAUUGGCUGGAGCUGUGGUGGGGGUUGGAGGGACGACUGUGGCUGGUGCCAGUCUGAGGUUGGAGGUCUUGGGGGCAGGAUCUCCUUAGGAGAGAAGUUGCAGCCAGAGGGAAGGGAGGAGUAGGAGGAGGAGGAGGAUUGAUCUGUCUCCCUUAUGGGCCAAGGCUGCUCCUGCUGACUUGGUAUCAAAGGUGUCAUUUCCUUGCCUCCCCAAAUCCCAUCUGCCAGCCCUCGUUGGGUAUUGGCUGUGAUCCUUAGCUAUGGAAGUGUUGGAAAGUGGGGAGCAGAACCUGUUGCAUUGGGACCGGAAGCUGAGCGAGCUGUCAGAACCGGUGGACUCCGAUGCCCUGCUCUACAACACGCAUUUCACAGAGCUCCUUGACGACUUUUCCCAAGAUGUUUUGGGGCAGCUCCUGAAUGACCCUUUCCUGUCUGACAAAGAUGAGAUGAUGGAAGUAGAGCUGUCUCCAGCUUCUCCUGCGCCCCUCAUUCAGGCUGAACACAGCUACUCUCUUUGUGGUGACUCACGACCCCAGUCCCCACUUACCCACAUCUCAGCUGAUGACAAUUUCAAUGAAGCUGACUUGGACAAUGAAGACUGGUGCCUGGGUUCAGAACUUACAUCAACCACUGUAAAGACAGAACCAUCUAUGGGAGAAGCACCGGGUCUUGCACCCUCCAUCAGCCUCACCACCACCCCUAUUCCCAUAGCUCUGGAAGGGGAAGAACCCCAGACACAAGAUAAUGGCAUGGCUAAACCGCUGAGUCACAAAGCUCUUCCGGAGAUCAAAUUGGAGCCACACGAAGUGGAUCAGUUCCUCAACCUUUCUUCAAAGGAAGCAGUGGACACCCUGCACAUGCCUCCAACCCCUCCCAGCAGCCACGGUAGCGAUUCAGAAGGCAGCCAGAGCCCAGCCAGGUCCCUCCCACCAUCAAGCCCCACACAGUUGCAAGCCACUGUCAAAGUGACCUCACGCUCGGCUUCAGCGCUCACCAAUUCCCCUCUCUUAACAGCGCCACAUAAACUUCAGGGCACCGGUCCUCUGAUGUUGACAGAGGAAGAAAAGAGAACGUUGAUAGCAGAAGGAUAUCCCAUCCCUACUAAACUGCCCCUCACAAAAGCUGAAGAGAAAGCACUGAAGAAGAUCAGGAGGAAAAUCAAAAACAAGAUCUCUGCCCAAGAGAGCAGGAGGAAAAAGAAAGAAUAUAUGGACAGCCUGGAAAAAAAGGUGGAGACCUGCUCAAAUGAGAACAGUGAGCUUCGCAAGAAAGUAGAAGUGCUGGAGAACACAAACAGAACACUCCUGCAGCAACUGCAGAGACUCCAAGCCAUGGUGGCUGGCAAAGUGUCACGCUCAUGUAAAGCUGCAAGCACACAAACGGGGACCUGCAUCAUGGUGGUGGUAUUAUGCUUCGCCAUUACUUUUGGCAGCUUUUCCCAGAUUUAUGGUCCCAAUUCCUCCAUCACAAAGGCAGUACUGCCUACCCAACAUUCCACACCAGAAUCAUACGCAGCCUCUAUAGUGAGGUCAAGAAGCCUACUAAUCUAUGAUGGGGCUCCCCCGCUGGAGGAACAACACUUCUCUGAUCGCAGCAAUAACUGGGACAGGCACUUGGAGGCCUCCACACAUUCAGCCCUAUCUUUGGAAUCUGUGGCCAGGUCACAUCAUGACCAGGUCAUGGAGAUCAUGAUAGCGAAUGAGACAAGGCUAGAGAAGUCUGUGUUGGUGGAGCUACAGCAGCACAGAAUCAAUUCAGAGCUAGACGCAAAUGAAACAUUAAAGAUAAUUGAAAUUGACAGAAGAGUGAAUGCUACAUCUUAAAAAGAAUUUUGAAAUUGGGAAACAUAUCUUCUUUCCAACCAAAGGUCUGAGGAACUUUUCACUGUCAGUCGAUCCAAAGCACUUGUCUGAACCCUGCAAUCGCUUACAGGAAAAUGACUUUGGCCUGCAGUCUGUGUCCUUUUCUUCCCUGUCCCCAAGUUUUCCAAUUUAUACCUUUCACUUUGCCUUUUCACUCCUACCGCCCAAGGGGAAGGAAUCUAAAGGCAGCAAGUGCCAAAAAAGGUGUUUGCUGGUGAAGAUAGGAUGGGAAUUGAGAUGUCUCCUACAUGAAGUACAGAAUGGACAACCAAGCGGUCUUUGCAUCCCUGUAAAAAUUGUAGAUGUCUUGUCUCUAUUCUCUUACAGUGUAAUAAAAUAUGUAAAAGGGGAAUUAACUUCCAGAGACUGUUCAGAAUACAACCAGGAACUCCAUCAUAUGAUUGGGCAAAGGGUAGCAUACCUCCAGUAUCCUUCAUGAUCAAGUGUGCUUUUGGUUUUUUAAAGCAGGGAACUGUAACAAUGAGUUGACAAAUAUCUAAAAUGCUUCAAGGGUAUUUUUUUUCUUAACUACUUAAGUUCCAAUUUGGUGGAGCAAAAUCAUAACCCCAGGAAUGGCACUACUAACUUCCUUCAGUGGAACCAGAUGGCAUCUCUGUGAAAUUGUAGGCUGGAUCUACACUACCCUAUACCCCAGAUUAUCUGCUUUGAGCUGGAUUAUAUAAGUCUACACUGUCAAAUAAUCUGGGAUAAGGAGAAAAUCUGUGAUCAGAUCCUAGGAUAUAGGGCAGGGUAGAUCCAGCCUUAGUGGUGAAUGGAGACCCAGUAAAGUCCUGACUAAACAAGAUGGCAUUAACUAUGAGAAUCUAAAGUAUGAGAACAUCAGGAAUCAGUAGUUUUUUUAAUCUCACUAGAAUUUGCAAUUAUUUUCAUCUCAUGGUGGCAUCUCCCUGUAAAGAUUGAAAAAUGCACCCUUGCUUUGUUAUUAUGUUUUAGUUGUCAUAGUGUACGAGAGGGAUAUAAGAAACCCAAAUGAUUUCCCUGAUAUGUUAUGAUGGUACAACUUGAGUGUAUCCUUCAAAUAGCAGUACACAAUGUUCAAACCUCUCCUCUAGAGUAGGGCAGGGCACACAUUAAUAAAUAGUAGUCUGAAUUACUGCAGAUCAGAUUUUUUUAACCAGGAAAGCUAUGUGUGCAGAAUAGACUGAAGGAGGGAAAAUUCACGCCUUUCAACCAGUCCUUUGUCUACCAAUGGGGACUAUGAUAACAUGAAGUAGUGAAGCAAUUACACCAGUGGUUCUCAACCUGUGGAUCCCCAGAUGUUUUGGCCUUCAGUUCCCAAAAAUCCUAACAGUUGGUAAACUGGCUAGGAGUUUUGGGAGUUUUAGGCCAAAACACCUGGGGACCCACAGGUUGAGAACCACUGGAUACACAGUCAUGCUAGAAAUGGGAGACCCAAUAUCUCCAUUUGGUCAUGAAGCUCAUUGCCUUCAGAGAAACCUGGGACUUGUUACCAUCUCUAAGUCUCAUCUGCUUCACAGAGCUGUUCUGAAAAUAAUAUAAACAGAGGGACUACUUUGAACUCAUGGUACAUAAUGUGGGAUGCACAUGAGAAAAAUGAAUACUCUGUUCAGCGUUGGCUGGAGUUGUUCCCUUUGAGACAGGGCUGGAUGUGCUAGACCUAAUUUCAGAUUAGCAAAGUAGUGGGGGAAAAUAACACAUGAA